AUGUCAGCAAUCGCUUUCUUUGGCCCAACAGGUGGAUGUGCCAACGCCUGUCUCACACACACCCUCCUCAAUGGCCACAAAGUUAUCGCUCUAGCCCGCACACCAAGCAAACUCACAAAACAACUCCUCUCGCAACCAGGCCUAACAACCGAAAUACUCAAUACCCAACUCAAAAUCAUCCAAGGAGACGCAAUGGACAUCGAAACCGUUAUGAAGACAGUCAUCGUCUCAGAACCCGAAUUCGAAAAAUCUCAACCUAAACUAGUCAACAUGAUCAUCUCCGGGAUCGGUGGAACAGGUUCAAUGGCAUAUACCAAGCCGUUCCAAUGUGACAAAAUGAACAUACGUGUGCCCGCUCUACCACACAUCGAGAUUCCGAAUCCGCAUGUCACGGAGGAAUUUACGACGACAUUACUUGCUGCGUUGGGACGCAUUGCGGGGAUGUUCGAUAGUUUUGCUGAAUAUGCGACUGUCGCGCCACGGGUGAUGUUUAUUUCCGGGACGGGAAUUAAGGAGGGAGUGAAUGAUGUUCCGUAUUGGUUUAAGAAGAUGUAUGAUUUGCUUCUUCCUAUCCCGCAUGAAGAUAAGAAGAAGAUGGAGGCACUUUUGGAAGACGAGAGGAUGAAGAGGGAGAGUUUGCUUGUUGGGGGUUUGAUUAUUGUGCGACCGAGUUUUUUGAGUGGGGAUCAUAGAAUCGCUUCGGUCUCAGAUGAUGGGUUUGAAAGACUGAGGGUUGGGACGGAGAAGGAGCCGGCUGUUGGGUAUAUGGUUCCGAGGGCUUGGGUUGGUCGGUGGAUGUUCGAGGAGGUUGUCAAAAAUGGUGGGGAUCAGUGGGUUGGGGAGGGUGUGAUUCUUACUACUUGA